AAAGUAAUCAAACGUACUUUUUAUUACUGCUCCGCAGAACCGGUUAAAAAAAUAAAAUAUUGUUACCUAAAAAGAUUAAAAAAAUUAAUAAAUUGAUUAAAAUACCUGUGAAAAAAAAAUAAUUUAAAAAAAUUAUAAAAAAAAUGUUGAUAACAUAAAAUAAUAAUAAAAAAAAAUUAUUUACGUUAUUGAAAAAAUUCAAGUGCAAUGUUUGUUUCAAUAAUCAACAAAACCCAAUAAAAAGCUUGAAAAACGAACGAAAGUACAAAUAAAGGAAUAUUUAUAAAAAAAAAUUCAUCGUCAUCUUAUAACUUCAACAGAUUAAAGUUAUGUGUUAAAUGGAGAAACUAUACAAGCCGGACAACAAACGUUCAUCCAUUGUAAAACUUAUUAUAUUUUUGUGCGUUAUCCUGAAUUUGCUCUAUAUUGAAAAGUAAAAAUAACACAAGAAGAAACCUAUUAAAAGCACAAAAUGCAGUGGUUACUUGCAAAUCCGCAAAUUCGCAGCACAUUUGCUUCCCUCGGGGAGAUGCAAAAUGAUCGUUAUGUUGUUAAUGAAGAUUGUUCAAAUGUUUUGCGCGAAAUAAUUUACAAACUUUCCGUCGAAGAUCAUACUUUACGCACAUAUCGUCGAGCCAUCGGAUUCGGGCAUAAUAUCAAAAAUGAUCUAAUUCCGUUGCUAAUUAAUGCCUACGAUGGCGACAUUGUCGAUUUGACGAUACGUUUGCUGGUCAAUCUCACAGUACCCAUUGAAUGUGUACUUUCCGUCGAUGUGAUGUCUCGUUCAGAAGUUGGGCGUCACACAAUUUUCGAGUUGAAUCAUCUUUUGAUCUCGGCAAAACAGGCGUUUGCUGAGCCUCAUAGCACAAAAGCUGUCAUCGAACGGAUGACAAACAUCCUCGAGAGUGAUACAAAGUUGUCGCUCGAACAGUGUGACAACAUCAACAAUUGUCUCUUGCUGUUACGGAAUGUCUUGCACAUUUCCGAAACAAACUACACGGGCUCCGUUAACUUACAAAGUCGGAUAAUUUGGAAUUUGUUCACGCAGAGUUUCGAUAAGUUGCUUUUGCAUUUGAUGACGUGCGCGCAAAGAGCGUAUUGGAGUGUCACGGUUGUGCAAAUGAUCGCGUUGCUGUACAAAGAUCAGCAAUUCAGUACGUUGCAAAAACUCCUGAACGUUUGGUUCGAAACAUCGUUGAGCGAAAGCUCGGAAGACAAUGAGAGUAAUACGUCGCCGCCGAAACCCAGUAGCGGCGAUAGCAGUCCCAUGCUAACGUCAGAUCCAACUUCCGAUUCCUCAGACACGGGUCAAUCAUCUAAUAACUUGCCUCAGGCUAAGAAUUGUUUCAUGAGUAAACGAUUUAUUGCAGGUGGUCAUGGCGGAGGCGGAAAAUCGAGCGGCGGUUCACAGAAUUCCGACGAAAUUACGAGCAUGGAUUUCCAAAACAGCGUGAUUCGCAUCAAACCGUUCGUGAAAAAGCCAUCACAACUGUCACUCUGCACGGAUGACAGUAUUGAUGGGGUUUCGUCGAAUGACAGGCGACGCAGUUCAGGCUUCGGAUCGAUUGACGAUCAGAGUGUUUUCAGUACCGAAGACAAGACAAAUAUUGGAGAAACGACGACGACUGCAACGAAUCCCGUCGUAUCAGCUGCACCAAUUGUAACGACAUCGACUUCUACAAACACGACAAAUACGCAUCAAAUGUGUAUGAGUACAAGCAGCGGCAUCGAAUCUUCGAAUUCGUCACAAACAUCUAAAACGAAAAAGUAUCAACAAAGCUCUCAGAUGAUACUGAAGAACAACAAAAAGACACAAAUUAAACAAGAACUCUCCGAUUGCGGAUAUGGAACACAAAUCGAGAAUCAAGAAUCCAUUUCGACAUCAAGUAACGAAGAUGAGUUCAUUAACCAAAAAAUCCAUCAAAAACCGCCUCCAAAUCAGAAACAACGGUACAAUGCUGCCAACAAACAACGCAAUCCUAAAACAAUUCAAGACAAAAAAGAGAUUCGGAGAAAAAAGUUGGUUAAACGUUCUCGAAGUAGCAUUAUUAACAUGAAAGGCAUGGCAGAUUACAAUCCAACAGAAGAUGAUAUUUCGAACGUUCUCAAAGAAUUUACCGUCGACUUUCUUCUCAAAGGUUACCGUUUUCUCGUCAAAGAACUUCACAUUCAACUUCUAAACAACGUUGAACUUCAAAUCGAUACUUCUCAUUUUUUCUGGCUCGUUACUUAUUUCUUGAAAUUUGCUGCACAACUCGAGCUCGAUAUUGAUCACAUCAAUUCCGUGCUUUCUUACGAAGUUUUGAGUUAUCUCACGUAUGAGGGCGUCAAUUUGUGCGAGCAGAUUCAAUGUGACUCAAAAGUUGCGGGCACAGAUUUGAAACCGUCUCUACGUCGAAUGCAUUUAGUCAUUACCGCAAUACGAGAAUUCAUUUACUCGUUGGAAGUUUAUAACAAAUCAACACAUCUCACGAACGAAGAUAAGGAAUAUUUGAAGAUUUUACGGAUAAAAAUCGCCAAUACGAGUGACUUGAAGAAUAUGUUUGUGCUUUUGUUGAGAUUAUAUGUGCCUACGUUGCAUAAUCGGCAAUAUUUACAAGAUUUGGUGACAACAAAUCAUCAGUUAUUGUUACUCUUGGAUGAUGUAACGAAAAUGCCGGAUUACAAGAUGGGAGCGAAAGAUAAGCAAAAGGAUGAUAAAAUGUUGGAACAUAUUAAACAAUUUGCAACAGUUGACGUCAUGUAUCAUUACGGCUUAUUGUUGGAAAACUUCAAAGACAACGGAGAGUUCGUUAACGAUUGUAUUUUUACGAUGAUGCAUCACGUAGGAGGCGAUUUAGGUCAAGCUUCUAUACUUUUUCAGCCAAAUAUCCUCAAAACUUAUUCCCGCAUUUGGGAGUCUGAGUACUCAAUAUGUGAUGAUUGGUCUGAUUUGAUUGAAUUUGUCAUCCAUAAGUUCAUAAAUACGCCUCAGCAAACCCCUACAUUAUUACCGCACGGUCCAAUUCUCGUAAAGCCUGCUCCAAGUAUUGCCGAGCCUUCAAUUUGGACAAAAGAAGAGAUGGAUUCGUUGUAUUGGUAUUACAUUCAAAGCAAAUUUUGCACCGAUAUCAUCGGAAAUAUCAUAAGUUUGUUCAAAACGAAUCUCUCGAAGCAACGUUCUCGCAUCGACGUCAUUCAGCAAUUGUUGAAACAGGAUAUCAUUACGUCGGCGGAAUUCGAUAAACUGAUGACUCUCGAGGAUUCGGAGUAUGAGCAAAAUACGAGAUCGCCUGCACCUACAACGACAAAUGAAAGCAACGUCGAUAGCAAAGACGAAUCGAAGCCAAUUGAUGAUAUUAAAGUACUCACAGAUCGAUUGCUGAAACAAGAUAAAGGCAAAUUAGUGCAAUGGUUACAAAGAGUUCUCAUGGAAUGUUGCUUCAUAAAGCUGAGAUUGGAGCCUCAAGUCAUUCCGAUGAUGCAAAAUGAUGAAUUUAUUAUGGAGCCUGUACCGCAUCAUUGUAUCUUAAAAAAUCAAUCUAUUCCUCUUGUUCCAUGGAAUUCUGAACAACAUCUCAGUUUGGUAUAUCAACCUUUUGUUCUCCUUCUACAUAAACUCGGCUUCCAUUUACCCGACGAUACAAACAAAAUUUGGGCUUGUAUCCCAAAUUUCUGGACUGCCGACAUCUUAUUUCAAGUUGCUGAUAAAUUAGGACCCAUCGACGAAAGCGCGAUAAAAUUCAACAUGGGUCGUUUUAGUCAAAUGAGCAAAGCAAAUUUGGAAUCUGAAUGCAUUCACGAUACGCAUUCCUCCUCAUCUUCGCAAUUUAGUGUUCCACGCCCUCAUAAAGUCAAGUCUCUAAUAAGAUACACGCCUGACUUAUCAACUCCGAGUCAUCCGAAAUGGAUGCGCGAACUUGUCCCGGAUUCAGAUGAAAUUAUGCUUGAUGAUGAUACUAACAGCAAGUCAUCUAGCAGUAGUAAAUUAGCACAUAGCAUUUGUAGAACAAUUUUAGGCAUUUUAUCAAAGGAUGACGAAGUUACAAAACAUUACAGGCACAAUACUCCUCCAUGGGCGACAAAUCAAGUACCGCCAAUUAACAUAAUCGCAUUGCAAUCGGGAAGUAGUAGCAAUGCAUUAAGUAUUAACAUUGACGACGACGCUCAGAAUAUCGAAACUGCGGGAAAAAUGAAACAACUUUGCAUUCAAGUUCCUUAUGCAACAACAUCGCCCGCUAAUCCGAUUUGGAUUCAAGACAUUAUGCGCGCAAAAGCUGGCACGUCAGAUGGAUUAAUGCCUCGCGAUUUCGCCACACCAAACGGACACAUUUUGAACUCCGAACAACUCUUAAUGCUCGUUCGAGGCGAUACGCCUGUAUGCAGCGGAAAUACCGAAACAACAACCACUGAUCGAAUCACGAGCACAACAAAUUGUGAUGCCUUGAAACAAGCGACAACUGUGUUGACCACAGUAAAGACAGAUUUUCCCAUGGUUGUCGAAUGCGGCAACAUUAACGACAUAAUCGACGAGCAGACAGCCGAUAUCGAGUCUCACAAGAGUGUCGAGAUAAUUGACAUGCCCGCGUUAAUUGCGUCGCCGCUCAAACAAUCGCUCGAAACGGUAUCCGAAGAACAGGAAAUUGUCAGUAUUUGUGAUACAGCUUCCGUGGCAUCCGAUCUCACACGCAUGUACGUAAGCGACGAAGACGAAAGACACUCCGUCGAUAUGCAAGUCCCUUCAUCUUCUAAUCUACAAGAAAUCUAAAGCCUAUAUUUGUACGAAAAAUUGAUGUUUUGACAACAUUUUAUGUGCUGGAGACAUAUUUUUGUAUUGCAGUCUUUUUAACUGAUUGAUAGAAUAGAGCUUCCACGCGAAAAACAGGAAAGUAGAGUACAAGAAACAUGAAAGGAAUAUAUAUUAAAUGUUACAAUUGAUUUAAAUUUAGAUGAAAAAUGAAAUGAAAAGUGUUAUUUUAAACAGAAAAAUUAAAGUUUACCAUUAGA